AUGGAAUUGAUGAAACUGGCUGUACUAGAUAGGAUUAAGGAUCAGCGAAUCAACCUUUUAAAUCUUAGAUUAGAUAAGAUGUUACCUAGAGUAGAGAUCGGAUUCCUAGUGGGGUAUGUCUCUAAGAAUCUAUAUAGGAUCUGGUUUCCGUAUAGAGGGGGACAAUAUGGAAGGGUCGACGUUGUUAGAGAUACUGUUUUUGACGAGACACGGCGGUAUAUAGCAGCGAAGAAGCUGGAAUCAGAAGAUGUAGUUAGUAUGCUAAUAAAUCAACUAGGGAAGAGAGAGAACUGGCCGAUAGUACUCAUAUGGGAUGAAGCUUAA